GGGGGGGGCCGGGACCGGCCGCGCCGAGCGCGGCGGAGGUGGUAAGGCCCCCGCGGGGAGGGGGCGGGAGGAGGCAGAGUCACUUAUAAAUGGCGCCCAAGCAGGACCCCAAGCCCAAAUUCCAGGAGGGUGAACGGGUGCUUUGUUUUCAUGGACCUCUCCUUUAUGAAGCAAAGUGUGUAAAGGUUGCUAUAAAGGACAAGCAAGUGAAAUACUUUAUCCAUUACAGUGGUUGGAAUAAAAACUGGGAUGAAUGGGUUCCAGAAAGCAGAGUGCUCAAAUACGUGGAUACCAAUCUGCAGAAACAAAAAGAACUUCAAAAGGCCAAUCAGGAACAAUAUGCAGAGGGGAAGAUGAGAGGUGCUGCUCCGGGGAAGAAGACUUCUGGGCUGCAGCAGAAAAAUGUUGAAGUAUUUUUCAGACGAGAUGGAGCGCACACAGUUUGCUGUUUGGAGACCCCUACAAUCUCGACGCGGAAAACAAAAAAGAACAAACAGAAAACUCCAGGGAUUGGAGAGGGGAGCAGUACCAGUGAGACUCCUCAGCCUCCGAGGAAGAAGAGGGCUCGAGUAGAUCCAACGGUUGAAAGUGAGGAGACAUUUAUGAACAGAGUUGAAGUGAAGGUGAAAAUCCCAGAGGAGCUGAAGCCGUGGCUGGUGGAUGACUGGGACCUGAUCACCAGGCAGAAGCAGCUCUUCUAUCUUCCUGCCAAGAAGAAUGUGGACUCCAUUUUAGAGGAUUAUGCAAACUACAAGAAAUCGCGAGGAAACACUGAUAACAAGGAGUAUGCUGUCAAUGAAGUCGUGGCUGGAAUUAAGGAGUACUUCAAUGUCAUGCUGGGAACUCAGCUCCUCUACAAGUUUGAGAGGCCCCAGUAUGCUGAAAUCCUGGCAGAUCACCCAGAUGCUCCCAUGUCUCAAGUGUAUGGGGCCCCUCACCUCCUGAGGUUAUUUGUACGAAUUGGUGCUAUGCUUGCUUACACUCCUCUGGAUGAGAAGAGUCUGGCUUUGCUCUUAAACUAUCUGCAUGACUUCUUAAAGUAUUUGGCAAAGAAUUCCUCUGCCCUCUUCAGUGCCAGUGACUAUGAAGUGGCUCCUCCCGAGUACCACAGGAAAGCUGUAUAAUGCCACAAUGCCACCCCAGUUACUGCCACUGCCCACUUCCACAUCUCCUCCUUCACCCUCCUCUUGCACAAAUUAUGUAGGUGUCAAGUGAAUAAAGUGUGUGUGUCAAUGGAGCUGGCCUGUGCAGGGUCUCAGGACCUGUUGUCCCGAAGCUGGGGGUUAACAGGAGCUCUCUGGUGUUUCUGGCUCGCUGCUGGUGUUUGCCUCCGUGGGAUGUACAAAGGAUGCGUUGUGAACCUCAUUGUGUGAGCUCUGCCGUGCUUGGUCUGUGCCCGUGGGAAGGUUUGUCUCACUAACACAGACCCAGGGGGUUUCACCACCCUCGUGUGAGCCAGUGCUGCUGCUAUGGAUUCAUCUGUCUUCAAACCCCUUUACUUUCUCGGUGUUGGAAGUGAAAUGUCUGGUCCAUAAACGUGUGCUUUGAUUUAGGUAGUUGAAGGACUGUGACUUUUUAUAUCCUAACAAUAGGAAAAUGAAUUCUCAUUGUCGUGUCUUGGGAACGUUGCUCUUUCAAAGAAGCUGUUUUACAAACCUUCAAAUAAACUUUUUUAAUCUCAAA